AUGUCUAUCCCAGCUGAAAUUGCUUUCGAGUACCAUCAAGGCAUUCGUUUGUUCAACAAAUGGAGUUAUGACGACGUGGAGGUUAAGGAUAUAUCGUUAACAGAUUAUAUUCAAAUCAGAAAUCCCGUUUAUUUACCUCACACUGCUGGUCGUUUCUCCACAAAAAGAUUCAGAAAAGCCCAACGUUUGACCAAUUCGCUCAUGAUGCACGGUCGUAAUAAUGGAAAAAAAUUAAUGGCAGUUAGAAUAGUAAAGCAUGCAUUCGAGAUCAUUCAUCUUCUGACGGAUCAAAAUCCUAUUCAAGUUUUGGUUGAUGCUAUUAUAAAUACUGGUCCGCGUGAGGAUUCAACCCGUAUCGGCAGUGCAGGUACUGUCCGAAGACAAGCAGUUGAUGUAUCUCCCCUGCGUAGAGUAAAUCAAGCAAUUGCUCUUUUGACAAUUGGGGUAAGUUUAGGCGAAUAA